UUGCAUCUUCAAAUGGAUACGCUGCUGAGGCAUGACGGCAGGUCAUGUGUGCUGCUUCCCUUCCUAGACACAAACACAUUGAAAAGGCAUGGAUGAAGUGAUCAACUCCUGAAGCGGUUUUGCUCCCAAGAUUUGCCAGAGCUACCUAAAGGUGAACUGCAGAGAUGCCCAGCGAGAAGGCACGUGCAGAAAUUCCUAUGAUUAUGUAUGAACCGCGUCCUGAGCCCUAUGCACAAGAACCCUCUGCACCAGAGUACUGCAGCCAAGAAGGGGGUUAUGAGUAUCCUGCUCCCCCACCUUACUCCUAUCGGGAAACAGCCACCAUUGAGCAACCAGUUUACAUGGUGUCUCAGCCUCCAAUCAUCGUAGCAGGAAUCUUCUCAAGCAAACCAACAUCCACAAUAUGCCCUUCUUGCCGUCAGCACAUCACCACACAGGUCACCUACAGACUGGGCAAACUGUCCUACCUUCUGUGCACCAGCUUGUGCAUGGUUGGGUGCUGUUUUGGAUGCUGCUUCGUACCUCUCUUUGUGAGGAUCUUCAAGGACGCAGACCACUACUGCCCAUGCUGCCAUUUUCAUAUUUAUAGAUACAAGAGACUAUAGAAACAAAGUUUAUACAACCAGAUGGCAUCAAGUCUGUUUCCUAAUUGCAUAAGAUUCUACACAUAAAACUACUGGUAUGAAAUAUAUAAGAGUAGGCUUAGGUUCUGCAACACCCUUGCUGGUGAAUCUGUCUGAAGUUUACCAUCACAUAGUUGGACUUACUUUAAAACAAAAAGGCUUGAAGACUAUUUUAGUGUCAUUUGUAUUUAUGCUCUAUUUGAUUCAUUGUCCUGAGCUGUGAAGUGAUCAGCUCAUGACUACUUACUUAAGUGCUACUACUGCUGCUCUCAAAUCUCAAACCCAGCUGGAACACAGACUCUUCUGGACUUUUCAAUCCAUCACUAACCAAGACGUUUGGAAAUGCAUGUUUUAGGGAAGCACUUACCUUCUAUGCACUGGAACUGACUGGCUGGAAUUUCACCUCUCUCUGCUCUUCUUCAUAGUACUACCCCUGCAGAGCUGUGGGUGGUACACUGUAGCUGAUUAUUUAUUAACAAAACACUAAGUUAUGAAACUGUCUUUACUGUAUUACAUACAAGGUAAGAAAAUAAACUUGUUAUGGUUAGCAAUACUGGCAAAACAUCA